AUGGCUCCUCACACAGACUGUGUGCUCUCCCGACAGCUCGUACUGGUCCUGGCCGCCGCCGCCUGCUGCGUGAGCGCCGCCCCCAAGGCUGGCCUCGCCCCCCUGGCCUACUCCGCCCCCCUGGUGGCCGCCGCCCCCGCGGCCUACGCCGCCCCCGCGCCGGCCGUCGUGACGGCGCACAGCUCGCAGUACAUCGCGCAGAACUUCAACGGACUCGCCGUGGCCGCCGCCGCCCCCGUCGUCGCCGCCGCCUACCACGCAGCCCCCGUCGUUGCUGCUGCAUACCACGCUGCUCCGGCCAUACUCGGUUGAUAGAUUACAGCCAACUAACUGUGUGAAAAUGUAAAUAAUAAAAAAAUAAAUAACUGCAUCUUAA